AUGUCAAAUUUCGAGGCAUCCUCCCAAAGGCCCGCGCCUGCUGGGAUCCUAAACGAGGAACAGACUCUAGCUCAACCGAAGCGUCAAGUUUUCUUGAGGGAGGGAACCGUCAUUCUGCGCUGGAUAUUUGGAUUCUACGACAGCCAAAACUUGCCUGGCUGGAAGAAACCUCCGGGCUGGCCGCAAAUAGGCUUUACUUGGCAAUCACAGAAGCCAAAUACGCGCUUCAAGAAUGUAACCUUUGUAGCUAUUGAUAUCGAUGAGCUUGAGGAGCGGAACGAUGGUAUGCCGAUACGAUUCCACAUUGGCAUCUCGAUUCUGCAAACCAAGGACCUGCAUGGGCUCUGUCACGAUCCGUUCCCCAUUACAGGUUCCCAGACAAACAUCAUACGGUCUUACCACUGGGCUGUCGAAGAUUCCCAGUACUUUACCAAAAAUGACAGUCGCUUCUGCUUCGGUCAGCAUGAGUGCAUUCCGCUCUCCGGUCUUGAGGAGCGCUUGAAGGAGCUGCUCAAGCCUUUCUCUCCCAGGGUCCUUGUCGCCCACGGAAUCUCUCGCGAAAGGAUUGUUCUCCGAAGACUCAACAUUGAUCCGAACCAAAUCUUCGAAAUUGACACGGCAAAAGCUGCACGCUAUCCACUUCAGGAACUUCACGAUUCCACGCUCAGGAAGCUCCUCCAAGACUUCGACAUUCCAUGCGAAGGUGGACUACUUCACUUCGCUGGCAACGACGCACACUUUGCGCUCAGGGCUCUGCUUAUGAUUGCUGUGCGCGAUGCACGGCGAGAGCUGAAGGAUCUCCCAACGUGGGUGCCGGUCUUUGAGGCCGUUGCGCGGGCACCGCUGCCCCCGAUACCACUGACACGCGCAGAAAAGGCGGCGAUCAAAAGACGGGAAAGGGAGGCUGCCAGAUUGCAGGAUGAACUAUAUCAAUUUCGAGAACGUUGGGUGGAAGAGCUGGAGCGCCGGCAGAUGGCCGUUGACGAAACAUCGAUUGACCCAGGCCCGUCUGAAGGAACUGAAGACGUACAUUCAGCGAUAUAUCAAGCGACUGUUUGCAACAAGCUACUUGGGAGAACAGCCCUCCACGAGGUUGGCAGAGGAGGCCGAGCAUACGAGGAUGCGAAUCGGCACUUCUACAAUCGACAGCUUAAGCAGAUAAUCGGAGAGCUUCACUACGGAUGA